GACGAUUGAAGUAACUCGAUCGAAACCUCGAGAUAUUCUCAACCAACAGUUCUUUCAGAACUAUCUACGUGGUUGUACCGCUAGCAUUAGCCUACUUUAAAUAUUUAUUACUUCACCUUGCAAACCUUCAAACAAUAUUUAUUAUAGUCGUUAUUAAAUCUGUGUACUCCAUGUCAACACGUCACAUGUAACUUGGAGUACUUUGUUGUAACUUCCCUAGGCUGUGACGUGUACAUUACUGUAUCAUUUUGUACAUCUGUGUGUGUCGCUGUGGAUUUUCGUCAAAAAGACGUGGACAACUGUCAUAUCGUCUUGGGAUACAGGACGCCAUGGUCCAGGAACUAAGAGGUGCGACAAUGGACAAUGAAAAUGGUGCUAAUGUGGCGCUGGUCGUGGGAUCGUGUAUGGAGAACAUCUCAGCACAUGGAAUUCCAAACAUAAAGCGGACCCAGAGCCCGAUCAGACGUCUGCUGUGGAUGUGCGCCUUUCUAGCAUCAUUUUCUAUGUGCGUAUGGCAGGUUAAAUUACUCAUCGACGCCUUUCUUAAUCGGCAAGUUACUACCAAUGUGGACAUCAAAAGUGUCACUAAUCUCACAUUCCCGGCCGUCACUAUUUGCAACUUGAAUAACAUGCGACUUUCUUAUUUAAAAAAACAAGACGAAUUGUACAAGGAACUACUGAAAACAGAAGCUACACAAAGUACCCAGUUCCAGGAGUGGAAUGAUGCAAAUCUUGACACUCGUGGGGGGUUCUUUGACAUGAUCGACAAAGUGACAGAAUUCGUGGCAGCCAUACCGUAUGAUGACAGGGCGAUCACUGGCCACAAUAUUUCUGAUGCAUUAUUGUCGUGCUCUUUCAAUGGAUACCCCUGCCUGCCGAGUAAUUUCACCUAUACAUACAAUUACAUGUACGGUAAUUGUUAUACUUUCAAUAAAGGAACGCCCGCUUCCAUCCAGUACACGACCAAUGCUGGCCCUCUAUAUGCUGUAUUAUCCGGCUGUAAGAGUAGCAUUUGGUUCUCCAUCAGACUCGGCGUAUACUUACUAAAUGGUACCCUCCCAAUAUUGGAGACCACAUUUAGGAUGGGGAUGAAAAUGUCUUAUGGUUUCGGGUUUCGUAGAGGGCUGUACGAUGUCCCUCGGCUUUGUCUCGAGACACAGCCCCCAGACGGAUCGAUCCACGCAAUUCGUUGGCGAUGUAGUCAGUUCAUGUUAUGUUUAAUGAAACAUGUGAUACAUCAAGGACAUGUGUAUUACAAUAUGACAGCCUGUAUGAAAGACUGCAUGCAUAUGGAAAUAUUUAACAACUGUGGCUGCUAUGAUCCUAGAUACGUUUUCCUUCCGGAAACAACACCGAUUUGCUCAAGAGAAGAGGCAGGUCAAGUGAGGUGUAUGGAGAAUGUUAAAAAUCGGAUUACAAUAGGAAAUAUCUCUUGCAGAUGUGGACCGGCAUGCAAAGAGAUUUUAUUUGAAACCAGCAUAUCCUCAUCAAUGUGGCCAGGAACUGACUAUAUGGACACUGUUGUGGAAAAAUUAAAGGAUACCCCAUUAUUUGCUGUUAACAACACACUGGAUACCGAAGAUUACAUAAAAAAAAACUUUGUCAAAUUGAACAUUUACUACGAAAACCUACAGUACGAUUAUAUCGAACAGGUACCAACGUACACAUUUUUAUCACUAAUAAGUAAUGUUGGCGGACACCUUGGCCUGUGGAUUGGCAUGUCAGCUCUAACACUAUUAGAGUUUCUAGAAUGCUUCUACGACAUUGUGAAGCACAUAUGCGCAGCACUGAUUCGACGGAGAAAGGCAAAGCAAAUCAACAAGAAAAAUACUGUUAAUGUACAUCCAUCAAGUAAUGAUUUUCAGAACGAUGCUUUUUCUCAAGAUAAUUAGAAAGACAACAGGACAUUAGUUACGUGUCAGAAGUGACUUAAGUUGGAAUAGGUACUGUGUAUUAUGAGGGCGCCCAUUGUACAGCAGGGAUAAGCAGGGAGUGUCGCUAAACCAAGUUCAAACUGAGUGAGGACCCACGGCCGACGAAUACUUCUUCACUCUCUGUGAACGCAUAACGACGCGACGCCGCUUGAACGAAAAACGAUCCACUGCACACGCCUCAUAAUAUGUAAAAUAGAAAUGUAAGAAUUUUUUUUUACUUCGCUGAUAUUACCCAUUUCAUUCCAAGUUAGACAGAAAGUACAGUCAUCUUAUCAGUUGACAAUAUAUUAUAAUAUUGUUGGGUAAACUAGGCAGAUACAUUUCGUAUGCAUUACAGUAGACACAACUGUUGGUAGGAGCAUAAGCAAAAUUUUGACAAUUUCAUUCAGUUAGACCUAUGCUGCUUCAAUGUGUUUAUAGUACUGUACUGAAUAUUGCCCAAUGCUUUGAUGUUUAACAGUAUAAGACAGUGCGUCAGAUAUAUGAGCAUAAGACACCUUUUUUAAUAUUGAUAUACUGUAAAUGAACUUUUCGUUGAUGAGCUAUACUUGAUAUAUUACUACCAAACUAGCACGGUUAUUAUUUAUCUAUUUGUUUAUAUAUAUUUUUAUAUAGUGAAACUCAGUUUUGA